UGCUCGGUGUCAGUUGGAGUUUAGCGAGCAGUCGAGUAGGUGUGUUUUGCUCGUCUAGUGUUAAGAAUUUGUAGCUUGUAUUAUGAACAAAUUGUUCCAGUGAGCCCCAAUUACAUAGUGAGAACAAUAGGUGGAAAAUUGUCAGUGGGCAGCAUCAUAAAAAUUUCCUUCCGGGCUGUCACCUGAACAAUUUGUCGUAGUUUCCGUCUCUGUUGCGGGCAAAGAGCAGAUUAGUCGUUUGCCGGUACCUCUGUCAUCAUUUUCGUGUCGCGUUGGUGUUUGGUUGAAGCUUCUGGACACAGUGCGUUAGUGAAUGCUGGCUCCCGCUCGGAUAAUAUUACCGUCGCUAUGCUGAAAUGUUGUGAAUGAAAUUCUCGUUCAAGGGUUAAUUUCCACCGCCAACACGACCAACAAGUGAUUGAAAAAUUAGCUUUGUAUUUUAUGUGGAAGUGCCUUUGGUAGUGCCCGGAAUUUAAUUGGAUCAACCCCACGGACGUUCCCCUUGCUUCACUGCUGACCAGGAAAAGUUCCAGCCGCGCUAAGGUGUAAGCGAGACGUGUGCACGCUGCAAUCAACAGGUCAACAUGGACACCCAGCUAGUAUGGGCUCGGGAUUCAGAUGAAGGUUACAUACAAGGGCGCAUCAUCGAAAUCGGAUCUAAAGAGUUCGAAGUCAUUCCAAUAAACUCUGCUCAUAGUAAACGAAUAUGUGCUGUAGAGGAUAUAUUCCCUUCUUGCGAAGGAGUGCAAGAUCAUGAUGAUAACUGUGAAUUGAUGUUCCUAAACGAAGCUACAUUCCUCGAUAAUUUGAAGACCCGCUACUACAAAGAUAAAAUAUAUACAUAUGUUGCAAAUAUUCUUAUCGCCGUCAAUCCAUAUCGUGAAAUCAAAGACCUUUAUUCGCCGACGACAAUAAAACGAUACAAUGGAAGAUCGCUGGGCGAGCUGCCACCUCAUGUAUUUGCAAUAGCUGAUAAGGCUAUUCGUGAUAUGCGCGUGCUAAAGUCAUCACAAUCGAUUAUUGUUUCGGGCGAAUCAGGUGCAGGUAAAACUGAAUCAACAAAGUAUUUACUCAAGUACUUGUGUCAUUCCCAUGAUAGCGCGGGACCUAUAGAACAAAAAAUAUUGGAUGCAAAUCCGAUUCUAGAAGCAUUUGGUAAUGCGAAGACCACUCGUAAUAACAAUAGUUCCCGUUUCGGUAAAUUUAUCGAAGUUCAUUAUGACUCUAAAUGCCAGGUGGUUGGAGGCUAUAUAUCACAUUACCUGCUGGAAAAGAGCCGUAUUUGUACUCAGAGUGCCGAAGAGAGAAAUUAUCAUGUGUUUUAUAUGCUUUUGGCUGGCGCACCACAACAGCUUCGUGAUAAGCUGUGUUUGGGUAAACCAGAUGACUAUCGGUAUCUCGCUGGUUGCGCACAAUAUUUUUCCAAUGCCACGACCGAUAAACUUAUACCAGCCAGUCAGAAAUCCAAAGCACAUCAAGCAAAGGGACCACUACGGGAUCCGAUACUGGAUGAUUAUCAGGAUUUUCAGAGCCUGGAUGAAGCCUUGAAUCGCCUUGGAUUAAAUCAAGAUAGUAAAUUCGGAAUUUAUGCGCUAGUAGCAGCGGUUCUGCAUUUGGGCAAUAUAACAUUUGAAGAAAUCCCUGAUGAUGUUCGUGGCGGUUGUCAGGUUUCACAAUCUUCGGAAAAAACGUUGGCGAUUACAGCAAAAUUAAUUGGUGUAGACGCUUUCGAGUUAAGACAAGCGCUAGUAUCGCGUGUAAUGCAAAGCAAAGGCGGUGGUAUUAAAGGCACUGUAAUCAUGGUACCUUUGAAAAUCUAUGAAGCUAACAGUGCGAGAGAUGCGCUCGCAAAAGCAAUCUACAGUCGAUUAUUCGAUCACAUCGUGGCACUCAUCAAUCAAAGCAUUCCGUUCAAAGCUUCGAGUUACUACAUCGGCGUUCUGGAUAUCGCUGGUUUUGAAUAUUUCACAGUUAAUUCUUUUGAACAAUUUUGCAUCAAUUAUUGUAAUGAAAAAUUACAAAAGUUCUUCAACGAUAACAUUCUUAAAAACGAACAAGAAUUGUAUAAACGCGAAGGUCUCAAUGUUCCGGAAAUUAGAUUCACUGAUAAUCAAGAUAUCAUUGAAUUGAUUGAAUCGAAAACAACAGGCAUUUUUACUCUGCUCGAUGAAGAGUCGAAACUGCCGAAGCCUUCACCAACACAUUUCACAAGUGAAGUACACAACACAUGGCAAGGUCACUUUCGUAUUGCACUACCAAGAUCGUCACGACUUAAAGUCCAUCGGACUUUGAGGGAUGAAGAAGGAUUUUUAAUUCGACAUUUCGCGGGAGCAGUUUGCUAUAAGACGAACCAAUUCAUCGAGAAAAACAACGAUGCCCUCCACGCUUCAUUGGAAGGUUUAGUGCAAGAAUCUUCAAAUAAAUUCCUCAAUUCGCUAUUUUCUUCGAGUAAUUCGACAUCUCGCGGCAAAUUGAAUUUCAUUUCAGUGGGUUCGAAAUUCAAAACGCAAUUAAGUGAAUUGAUGGACAAAUUGGAGAAGAACGGAACGAAUUUUAUUCGAUGUAUUAAACCAAAUAGUAAAAUGGUUGAUCGAGAUUUUGAAGGCGGCUUGGCACUUGCUCAGUUGAAAUGCUCCGGAACCACAUCCGUUCUUGAACUUAUGGAAUACGGCUAUCCUUCCCGAGUUCAAUUCGGCAAUUUACAUGAAAUGUAUAAAUCCUAUUUGCCGCCAGAACUUGCAAGGUUACAGCCGCGCACUUUCUGUGAAGCUAUGUUGAAAUCAUUAAAACUGAAUACAAAAGAUUUUAAAUUCGGCAUAACAAGGGUGUUCUUUCGGCCUGGAAAAUUCAUCGAAUUUGAUCGUAUUAUGAAAUCAGACCCGGCGAACUUACGAGCGAUCGUUGAAAAAGUUAAAAAAUGGCUUAUUCGAUCACGAUGGAUUAAAACUGCCUUUGGGGCGAUUUGUGUUAUCAAAUUGGUUAAUCGCAUCAAAUACCGCAACAAAUGUGUUCUUGUAAUGCAAAAAGUUGUUCGCGGAUAUUUGGCCCGUAAAAAGCAUCGGCCUCGUUAUCAAGGCAUUAUGAAAAUCAAAAGCAUCAAGCAAAACGCGAUGAAGACAAUUGCAAUUGCCAAUGAUUUGAAAUCAGGGAAGGAGAAUAUAAUGAAAGAUAUUCAAGUGUUAGAAAAUGAAAUCGACUCUGCAAUCAAGAAAAUUAAGGCAGAAAGAAACAUUUCUGCCAAAGGUGUUGAUGAUUUGUGUACCAAUAUUAUGGGAAAACUCAACAAAUUAACAGCCAGCCUAAACAAUCAGCUCCAGGCGCAACGCAAAGCUGAAGAGCAAGAAAGACUUCGCAAGAUUCAGGAAGCACUAGAAGCUGAACGAAGAGCUCGUGAGGAAGAGGAACGUCGAAAAAGAGAGGAAGAGGAAACAAGAAGGCUUAAAGCAGAAAUGGAAGCGCGAAGAAAGGCAGAAGAGUUGGAACGUCUGCGUCAAGAAGAAUUGGAUCGCAAAGCGGCAUUAGCUCUACAAGCGCAGCUUGAAAAAGAAGCUCAAGAAGAUGCUCAAUAUCGUCAGCAGCUAGAACAAGAGCGCCGUGAUCAUGAAUUAGCCCUACGGCUAGCCCACGAAUCCAAUGGGCAAAUAGAAGAUAGUCCUCCAGUUAUGAGAAAUGGUCCGAAUGAUGUCACAGCAUUGGGUAAUCCGAACAGAUUGAUCAGCGGCGUUGUGAGAGGGCUAAGCAGAUUUCAAAAUGUAUUGCACAAUAAAUCCGAAAAUGUCAGAGCUCAACAACAGCUUAUAGGAAAACAAAAACACGAUUUGUCGAAAUGGAAAUAUUCUGAAUUACGAGACGCCAUCAAUACUUCAUGUGAUAUUGAACUUUUGGAGGCUUGUCGUCAUGAAUUCCAUCGUCGCCUAAAAGUUUAUCAUGCAUGGAAGGCAAAGAAUCGUAAACGUACUACAAUGGAGGAGAAUGAGAGGGCGCCGAAGAGCGUGAUGGAAGCCGCUGCGAAAGCCCAAUCGCGUGUUCAACCCAAACAAGAAAUCACUUCCUCGAACCAUCGCUAUUUCCGAAUUCCUUUCAUGAGAGCCAAUACAACGGAUCCAAGUAAACGAGGACUUUGGUAUGCUCAUUUUGAUGGGCAAUAUGUCGCACGCCAGAUGGAAUUGCAUGCAGAUAAGCCACCGAUUUUGUUAGUUGCUGGUGUCGAUGAUAUGCAAAUGUGUGAGCUAAGCCUGGAAGAAACCGGUCUAACACGAAAACGUGGUGCUGAAAUUUUAGAGCAUGAAUUCAAUCGUGAAUGGGAACGUAAUGGUGGCAAACCAUAUAAAAAGCUCGGUGCUAAUUGAGCAAAGAAAAAUUAUUUAAUGCAUUUUUAGUUUAAGUGCCUUUCACUGCGUCCAAUUUACAAGGAAAUUUUUACUAGAAAAAUACUUCAACCUUAUACACCUAUAUCAAAUAAAAAGACUAAAUCAAAAAACGUGUUUAAAAGACGUAUUGUAUUAUUUAUUGCAAGGGCAACUUUUUAAAAUGCUUUUAAAUAUACACGUAAUUAAAGACAUAUUGACCCUGUGAAUGUAAAACACUAGAAUUACGCAUAAAUCAUAACUAGAAGUGUUUCUACAAACUUCUAUGCAAUAAGCGCUAGAAGUGAAAAUGUAAACGGAAACGGAAAGUCAUUCCUAACAAGUAUUAUCAGAAAUUUUUAAACAUUGUUCGUAUUCCCACGGAAUGCUGGGUUAGAACCUUAGUUAAAUGACUAAUGAGCAGUAAUACGAUGUAAUAGCAUUUUGAGGAAAUGUCAUGUUGUUUCUAUAUUGACUUUAAAAAACUAUCAGACAUUUAUAUAAUUAUCGUACAUCUUGCCGUCAGCAUGUGUAAGAUUUUCUACAAACUAAGAAAUUCAUCGGUUUUUAAUAUUGUUAGCAAAAUUUUUCAAAUGAAUGAAUUUUCCAUAUUUAAAUGAAUUAUAAUCAUAUAUUUGAGAAUUUUUAGAGUGUUACGAUAAUACGUAUGCGUUGCCUAUUUACCAGAAUUAUAUGUGUACAUUUUUGCACUUAUAUACAAUACAUUGUUAAUGAUAGAUCAAUCAUAAUGAUUUAAAGGAUGUUUUCCAUAUGACUGUAAUAUGUUAUUUAGAAAAGGAGAUUUAUUUAGAAAUAUAUUCUAAAAUAUACAAUUGUCGAGCUAUUCACCACUGCGUAACGGCAGCAUGUUUCAAAUAUUUAUAUGAUUAAAUAGAAAUAAAGGUGUGUGCACUUUGCUUAUCUUAAUUUU